AUGCCAAACCUCCGCGGCGGGCGAGGCCGCUCGAGUCUGGUCGCGGGCUCGGAGGCGUGGGAGGCGACGGUGGCGCCCCUCUUCGCCGCGGCGCUCGCCUCGGGCGAGUUCCGCGGCGCGUUCGCGCAGGUUGCCUUUGCCAUCCUCGAGCCGAAGGGGUCGGAUGCGGGCAAUGUGGCCGCCUUUGAGCGCGCGCAGACCAUCUUCCGCGGCGUGCGGCUCCUCGUGGCGACGCGGCUGCGCAAGCAGGUGCAGGAGGAGGUGGUGCGGCGCGGCGGCGGGGCGGUGGUGGGCGGAGAGUGGGUCGGGCAGUGCUCCAAGAUCCUCUCUGCCGACGGGGCGAGGACGGACGUGCUGCGCAAGCACCACCACCCCGACUCGCGUGGCGGCGCCUAA